UAAUCUCAGGGAAAAAGAUCAGUGACUAAAGUUUUGGAUCUAGUAGUUUAAUGUUCUUAAUCUGAGACAGUCCAUUAAUUUUAUGGUUGUUCUCAGACAAUAUGUUUGUUCCUGGCUCCUGCCCCAAGCUACUCAAAUACCAUUGAUUUUUUUUUCUCCACCUUAAAAAUAUUGACUCAGCUGCUAUGAUUAAAAAAGCAAAGUAAUUCAAUUCCAAAUAUUUACUUCCACCUCCCCUUUUCUGAUCAACCAGAGAAAGUUAAUGUGGUAAUCAAAUUAAAAUAUAGUUAAUUCAAUAAUAGUUAAAACUAAUUUUACAGUCUCCUUACUUCUGUAACACAUUGAGUAGAAAUUCUUUUUUGUUGCUGAUAUUUUGAUAGUUGUUUUAACAUACAUUGUAUAGUGUACAUGUAUACAUUAAUAUACAUUGAUUUCUCACACUGAAGAAAGCACAUGUCUCCAGUAAGGCCCUAUAUCAAGACAAUGUUACAACUAUAAACCAACAUGAAUGUUUAUUGCAUUCAAUCUUUAAGUCAAGUAUUGUUUGAGCAUGGAAGAUUUAGCAACACAGAAAGCAUAUAAGAUCCCUGCUCUCAUGGUGCUUACAAUUUAAUAAAGGAAGAAAUGCUCACAUACAUGUAUGAUUACAUACAUACAUACGUAAACAUAAUGAAAUUAUUGGAUAAUGUAAAGUACUAUGAAGUUAUUUAUAUUGGGUGGUAUGAUUGAAAAUCCUGAGUGGCUGGCUGCGUUAGAUUGGCUGAUCUAGGAAGGCCUCUCUGAGCAGUUUUAGGUGCAAUCCAGCCAAUAGAUAAAGAGGAGAAUGAAAUGUCUGCAAGGAAGGCAGGGGUAAUCAGUUCCAGCUUUAUAAACUCAGGUUAAGUGUUUGAGAAGCUAUUAGAGGGUUUUAAGUAUGGUAUCACCUGAUUUGUAUUUUUAAAAGAACACUCACUAUUACAUAGAAAACUGGAUUGUUGAGGGGUGACAGUGGAUGUAGGAGCCCAGACUAGUUCAAGCCAGAAAAGAUGGCAGCAUUAAGAUGAAGAAAAGCAGAAUUAUUUGGAAUAUGUUUUGGAGGUAAACAGGAGUUGGCAAUGUGUUGGGCAUGGGGCUUAAGGAAAGAGAGGAAACAAGGGUAAUACCUGGAUCUUUGUUUGAUUACUAGAAUACUGGGUUAAUGAUGAUAAUGAAAGGGAAAAGCAGGAUUUGGGGGAAAUCAAGAAUUCAGCUUAGGUCAUAUUCAGUUUGAAGUACCCAUUAUACAUACAAGAAAAUGACAAGUAGUCUGAAUUCAUAGAGUCAGAGCCUAGAGAUUGAGUUUUAAGAGUCAUCAGACUAUAAAUUGUAUUUAAAGCCUCUAAAUGAAAUGAGGUAAUCUAGGAAGAAUGUGUAGACUGGUUAAGGUAGGAGGGCCAGCGAAGAUGUGCAGGGCACAUCUACACCUAGAGGACUUACAGAGGAGAGAGAGCCAGCAAAGAAAGCUCAGGAGGGGUCAGUGGAGUGGGAAGGAUGGACGCAGUAUCACGAAAGCCACAAGAAGAAAGUGUUACAAGAAGUAGUCAUCUGUGUCAAAUGCUGCUGAGCAGUCAAGUGAGAGCCGGACCAGAGAGCUGACAAAUGGAUUCCACCAAAAGGAAGUCAUUGGUGAAUGUGGCAAGAGUAGUCUCAAUGGAGCAAUGUAAAAGCAAGUUCAAUUCAAGUGAGUUGAAGAAAGAAGCUGAGAUGGAAAAAUGGAGAUGGAAAGGAGUUACUAUAAUUAACUCUUCAAAAAGUUUUGAUGUGCCUUUUGGCUAUCUGAGCAGUACCGUGGUGGUCAGCAAGAAUAAACGCCUUACAAAAGGUGGCAAAAAAGGAGCCAAGAAGAAAGUGGUUGAUACAUUUUCUAAGAAAGAUUGGUAUGAUGUGAAAACACCAGCUUUGUUUAAUAUAAGAAAUAUUGGAAAAACACUAGUCACAAGGACUCAAGGAACCAAAACCGCAUCUGAUGGCCUCAAGGGUUGUGUUUUUGAAAUGAGCCUUGCCAAUCUGCAGAACUAUGAAGUUGCAUUUAGAAAAUUCAAGCUAAUUACUGAGGAUGUUCAGGGAAUAAUCUGCCUGACCAACCACCAUGGCAUAGAUCUUACCUGUGACAAAAUGUGCUCCAGGGUCACUAAAUGGCAGACCGUGAUUGAAGUUCGUAUUGAUGUCAAGACUACUGACGGUUAUUUGCUUCGUCUGUUGUGUGUUGGUUUUACUAAAAAAAAACACAACAAUCAGAUUUGGGAGACCUCUUACAUUCAGCACCAACAGGUCUGCCAAAUCCAGAAGAAAAUGAUGAAAAUCAUGACCCAAGAGGUGCAGACAAAUGACUUGAAAGAAGUGGUCAAUAAACUGAUUCCAGACAGCAUUGGGAAAGACAUAGAAAAGGCUUGCCAAUCUAUUUAUCCUCUCCAUGAUGUGUUCGUUAGAAAAGUAAAAAUGCUGAAGAAGCCCAAGUUUGAACUGGGAAAACUCAUGGAGCUUCAUGGUGAAGGUAGUAGUUCUGGAAAAGCCAUCUGAGAUGAGACAGGGGCUAA